UUUAUUGGUUUACGGCCACAUAGAGAUUAGUGGAAUAUGGUUUAAUAGCUGUAUUUUGGUAAAUUGGGUACUAAUUAUGUUUAGCAGUUGAACCGCAUGCAUUGAAAGUGCACUGAACCGCUGUCCAUGGUGCUGGCAGCAGCUUUCUUCUGUUUUGUGUCGUUAUAGUCUGGUGCUGUCCGUUGUGCUGAAUAUUGGGGGGUGUACAAAAAUAUAGAUGAAUAAUAAUUUUAAAAAAAAGAUCAUUAAUAAUGCAAACGAAUUUAUUAAACUGUAUAUGUCAUCCAAAAAAACGUAACUUGUGGGUUAUUCUGCAUGGAUUUUAAUUCUGUUAUACCUUAUAUUAAAAAAAAAACAUCUUAUAUUUCGGGUCAUGUAACCGAAUACAGAAGUGUCACAAGAUGCCGCUAGAGACCAUGCAAAAAAAUAUAGUCGUUGGCGUUUAGAAACUCCUCCUCAUUUAAUGACGAAAAGAUGAAACGUCACCAUCUGGCAUUGCUUUGUGAAAGAAGCGCACAGACGAUCAAGGCCCUAAUGAGUGAGGAUCCUUGGCGAGAGUGGAUACAUGAAGGGAUAUUUUUCAUAUUUGGCGUUUCUUUCCAGGAAGUAUAAAUCAGGAUUUCAUCCUUGUGUAUAAACAGCGAUGGCUGCUCGAAGACAAUGGGAUAAUAUUUGGAGUCUGUUGUUCAGCCUUCUUUGUCUCUGUGAAUGGUCCGUGGCUCAGAUAUCCUAUUCCAUUUUUGAGGAGGUGGACAAAGGCGCUGCAGUGGGAAAUCUAGCGAAGGAUUUAAAUCUUAGUGUGCAGCAGCUUCCGUCAGCGGGUCUUCAGAUUACAUCUGGGUAUAAAUCCUCGUAUUUUGAUAUCAAUCUUGAAUCUGGAGUACUUUUCGUUAGCGAGAGAAUAGAUCGGGAGGAGCUAUGUCCUAAUACGGUAAAGUGCUCUUUAAAUAUCGAGGCCAUAUUGAGUAACCCUCGCAGUCUUCAUCGAAUUGAAGUUGUAAUCAAUGAUAUUAAUGACAAUGCCCCGUCUUUUCAAGAAGAUAUAUCUACAAUUGAUAUGUCUGAGUCCUCAUAUAUCGGAGAAAGGCAUCCGUUGCCGAUAGCGCAUGACCCAGAUGUUGGCGUUAACUCAGUGAAGACUUAUAAAUUGAACGCGAAUGAUUAUUUCUCUUUAGAUAUACAGAGUACUGGCGACCAGAGUGUGUCUGCUGAGUUGGUGCUGCAGAAAGCCUUAGAUCGAGAAAAACAAGCUGUUAUUGAGCUCACUCUGACUGCGAUAGACGGAGGAAAAUCUCCCAAAACGGGGACUUUGCAAAUACACGUUAAUGUUCUGGAUGUGAACGAUAAUUCACCCGUGUUCAGUAAAUCUCUCUACAAAGUCCAAGUAAUUGAAAAUGCAAAUAUUGGCACACCGUUACUAACACUCACUGCGAGUGAUUUAGAUGAUGGUAUUAAUGGUCAGGUUGUCUACACAUUUACAGAAAGAGGACGUUUAAACCCUGAUGACAAAUUUUCCCUGAAUAAUAAUACUGGGGAAAUUACUGUGCGAGGAAAUAUUGAUUAUGAGGAAAACCAAGCAUUUGAGAUCCGCGUUCAAGCCCGAGACAGAGGAACUCCUCCUCGCAGUGCACAUGGCAAAGUUUUAGUUGAAGUCAUUGACGUUAAUGACAAUGCUCCAGAAAUCUCAGUGUCUUCAAUCAUGAGUUCAGUGAAAGAGGACGCUGAAAUUGGCACAGCUGUUGCUAUGGUGACUAUCACUGAUCAAGACGGGGGUAAAAAUGGCCUCACAAACUGUAAGAUAACAGGUUCUGUGCCAUUUAAAUUAAAAUCCAACUAUAAAAACUAUUAUUCUUUGCUAGUGGACGGGCUUCUUGACAGAGAGACUGUUUCCCGAUAUGAUUUAAAUAUUGUAGCUACAGAUGAAGGGACGCCCUCUCUGUCCAGCACAACUGUUAUCACUAUUCACGUUUCUGAUGUAAAUGAUAACCCUCCUAAAUUCCCGAACUCUCCAAUUACUCUGUAUGUGAAAGAGAAUAGUCCAAUUGGAACUACUAUUCAUAAACUGACAACGACAGAUCUGGAUUUAAAUGAAAACGCAAAAUCAAUGUAUCAUUUAAUUAGCAGCUCUUCCAAGACCACGCAAAUGGCUUCAAUGGUAACUGUUAAUUCAGAGACAGGAGAUAUAGUCAGCUUGCAGUCUUUUAACUACGAGGAGUUAAAAACUUUCCACUUUAAAGUUCAGGCCACAGACUCUGGUGUUCCUCCGCUUAGCAGCAACGUCACUGUCAACAUUUUAAUCCUGGAUGAAAAUGAUAAUAAUCCAACAAUUCUCGCUCCUUACUCUGAGCAUGGCUCCGUUAACAUUGUACAAGAGGAUGUGGCUCUCCGGGCUUUUUGA